GGCAUACAUCUAUUUAAAUGAGGGAGAGAGGUUGCUGAAAAUUCUCCAGAAGGAAAGGUCCUGGAGCCAGACUUUUGAGUCAGCCACCUUUUAUAACCUCAAAGGUCAGGUCUGUUUCAACAUGGGCAAGAUGGAGCUUGCCAAGCAAAUGCUGAGGAAGGCAUUGAAACUGCUCAACUGCAACUUUCCUUACAAUCUCAUCUCGGUGUUUCUCCAGACACAUGCUGAGAAAAACAGACACUCCCAUUAUGUGACUCAGCAGGCCCCAAAGAAUUCACCUCCAGAGAAGAAGAGGCUGGCACAGCUUCACCUGCAAGUGGCCUGCUUCUCCUUGCUCUGGCAGACCUACAGUGUCAAUUACUAUUUUCACCACAACUAUUACAGCCACCUGGCUGUUAUGAUGACAAUGAAUACGGCAAUGGAAACUUAAGAUGAUUUCCAAAUCAUUAAGGCUUACCUGCAGUACUCGAUGUACAGCUACCUGGCUGGCUACUGGGGCGUGUGGUUCAAAUAUGAAGUCAAGGCCAUGGAACAGAUCACCAACCUCCCCCUCAAAGGGGAAGGCAUUGAAAUCGUGGCACACGUGGCUGAUAGACUGAGCUACCUCAAGCUCAUGAUGGGUCACCUGGAUUUGGCCAUUGCAUUAGGCACUCGAGCCCACAAGAUGUGGGCAUUGCUCCAGAAUCCCAACCAACACUAUGCGGUCCUCUGCAGACUCAGUAAAUCUCUCUUAUUGAAAAACGGAUACAAGCAGUUGAUCCAGGUACUGGGGACGCUGUGGGAGCUUUCUGUAACAGGACACAUCUUCAGCAAGGAAUUUUUUCUAUACUUUGUUUAUAGAACCUUUGCAGAGUGUUUGGACUUCAUCAUACAGAAUGAAAACAACAGAAUCCUCAAGUUCCAUAACGGACUCCUCCUGGGACUGUACUCCAGUGUCGCUGUCUGGUAA